AAAAAUUUAUAUUUUUUGUUAUUACGGAUAAAAAUACUAGUCGUCGAAUAAUUUAAUAUAUUUAAUUAGGUUGUUUAUAAUUGUAUUCACAGCAAAGCAUCUACCAAACAAUUCUACCUUUUCUUCAGGACGCCGUGAAUGAUACGGUGUAUAGAUCAAUAUUUAUGCAUGUGAAGGGCCCUUUGCCCAAAAAAGAAAUGGAAUGGAUAAUCAUAUCGAUAUCCAUAUGCAUAUCCCCGUAAGGAGCAUGAUAUUUUUGGUGUUGCUAAUAAACAGUUUGACACCAUCGCUUUCUCAACAACCACUUUCCAACCGCUACUUCCUUUGCAAGAAACAGCUGUACAACUGCGGAACCAUUUCCAACAUAUCCUAUCCUUUCUGGGGAGUAGACCGGCCGCGGUACUGCGGCGGUGGCGACCAAUUCAACCUCACCUGCGAGCUUGGAACUGGCCAGUUCGCUUCCAUUCAAAUCGCCUCACAGAAAUUCCAGGUGAUCCAUAUUGAUAGCGUACAGAACAAGAUGAGAAUGAUACCCAUGCCACCAAUCGUGAAACACGAAUUUUGUUCCAUGAAACGCGACUUCAACCUGAGUAGCCCCUCCUUCUGGUACUCGGAAACUGUCCAGAACAUCACCAUAUUCUACGAUUGUCCCGCUGGAUUUUCCAACUUCACGUGUCCGUCCUCAUCAAAUCAUCGGAACAAAAAGAAUAAUAAUGUUGUGUUCUAUGAGGGUGUGGAAGAGCAGGUGUUGAAAGAGCACCCGGAGCUGAAGGAAUGCGGGCGUAGUUUGCGUGUGGCAACUGAUGAGGGUGCUCUGCACCCUAAUGUUACAGUUGAUAAUCAAAUCAUUGAAGCCCUGAAUUGGGGUUUCCAUGUGAACUAUAGUUUCCCAGAAGAAUGCAAGAGAUGCAUGAGGAGUGAGGGAGUUUGUGGAAGCAAUAAUGCUUACCCAGACGGAUCUAACGCUGCCCUCUCUUGUUAUCUUCCACGUGGCGCAAUGGCAGGUAAUCGUUGGCAAUGGAAAUUAAGGCAUAUCAUAGUAGGUUUUAUAGCCAUAGUGAUUCCAGGAUUAGUGUUGAUAUAUAUCUGUACAGUUUGUUGCUUAAGAUACAAAUCAUCCAGCUGGGAAGAAGUAUUUUGGUUCACAACGAAAAGUAACCAAGAUAUUGAAGCAAUCCUAAAAAGUCAUGGAGCACUAAGUCUCAAAAGAUAUAAAUUCUGCGAUGUGAAGAAAAUGACUAGCUUCUUCAAAGUUAAACUUGGACAAGGUGGUUUUGGUACUGUAUACAAAGGAAAGCUACUAAAUGGUUCUGAUGUGGCUGUAAAAAUAUUGAAUCUCUCCAAAGGAAAGGAUAAAGAAUUUAUCAAUGAAGUAGCUAGCAUUAGCAAAACAUCUCACAUAAAUAUUGUUACCCUUUUUGGGUUUUGCUUAGAAGGUAACAAAAGAGCACUUAUUUAUGAGUUUAUGUCUAAUGGUUCUCUUGAUACAUUUAUUUACAAAAAGGGACAUGAUGAAGGCACUCCAUCCUUGAAUUGGGAUCAGUUAUAUCAAAUUGCAAUAGGAAUAGCUAAAGGGCUAGAGUAUUUGCAUAAAGAAUGUAACAUUCGAAUUUUUCAUUUUGACAUAAAGCCGCAUAAUAUUCUUUUGGAUGAAAACUUUUGCCCUAAGAUAUCAGAUUUUGGGCUAGCAAAACUCAGUCUUAGAAGUGAUGACAGUGUCAUUUCCAUGUCCGAUGCUAGAGGAACCAUGGGAUAUGUGGCUCCAGAAAUGUGGAAUAAACAUCUUGGUGGAAUUUCUCAUAGAUCAGAUGUUUAUAGUUAUGGAAUGAUGCUACUAGAAAUUGUGGGCGGAAGAAAGAACAUUCAUGCAGAAGCAAAUCACACAAGUGAGAUAUAUUUUCCUUAUUGGAUACACAAAAGGCUUGAACAAGGCACUCAAUUGGGCAAUAACGAAAACAUUGGCAUUGCAGAAAAUGAUAUUGUCAAAAGAAUGACUAUAGUGGGUUUAUGGUGCAUUCAAACGUUGCCAAAUGAUAGGCCAUCAAUAAGUAGAGUUAUAGAUAUGUUGGAAGGCAGCAUGGAAUCUUUGGAACUUCCACCUAAACCAAUUCUAUCUGCUGCAUGAUCAGUAAUAGUAGCAGCAGAAUCUUUUACUAUAUUGUGAAUUGACUUCAUUUUUGUAUUGUACUGCAAGUAUAUUAUUUUUCCAUGUAUUAGAAGUUGAGACCAUAAAGAUAUACAAGUGUUCCUA